ACACUUUCUGUCUUGAUCUUUUUAAAUCCCAUCAAAAUCAAAGUCAAUCCUAGCUACAAACAAUCCUACAGACCAAAUCCCAAAAGUAUCAUUUCCCUCUCUCUCUCUCUCUCUCUCCAGAUGUGCAGUCCCUUCAGUUGUGGCAGCUUCAAGAAUCAAGAACGAGAUGAUUUCGAUGAAUUUUUAAGCCCACGCGGAAGUCCCAGCAGAUCAAAAAGUGCUAUUCAUGAUCAUCGUGGUAAAAGAAGAGAUAGCAAAAACCCUUAUGCAAAUCAAGGUCUUGACAAGUUCCAUGCACUUCUAGCUGAACUUGAAGACAAGAAGAAGAAGAUUUACACACAAAAAGGCUCAAAUGACAUCUCAUUCGUCUACUUCACCGAUUCGAAUUCCAACAAUUCAAAAUCCGACGAAUGGAAGCCGAUAAUAGUAAAGGUAAAGAGGCAAGAAAACACAGGUAUCAAAAAUGCCAAAGAUAAGCAAAUGAUGACGAGCUCGGAGGCAGGAGAGAAGCAUAGCAUCGAGGCCUCAAGAGCUGUUGGUCCUGAAGUUCGACAACCAAAAGAAGAGCCGAUCCAAAGACCGAAAGCCAAGAGCUGGAACUGGAGAUUAGUUUUUGAAAAUUGGAGGCACACGUUAGGCUUCUUGCCCGUGACAGUAGUCCUGAUUCUGUUGUUCCUACUUAUUUAUGGAAAAUCGUUUGCCAUACUAUGCACAACUCUUGGGUGGUACUUAGUACCUCUGAUGAAGGGCAAGAGCUCAAGUUCCGAGAGACACAAGAAGAAGAAUGAGCACUUAGCACCCGUGAUGCAGGAGAAGAGCUCAAGUUCUGACAUUCCAAAGAAGAAGAAUCGUCACGUAAGAAGAUAUUUAAGCGAAAAGAACAUGGCAAAUGAUGGAUCACCAUCAUCUUCUUCAGCUCCUUCUUCUCCAGAUAGUGUGCUAAGUGGACCAGCGGAAAAGACACCCACGCUGCAUGGUCACAGGAAGAGCUGGUCAUGAAUUUGCAUCUUGAUCGAAAUAUUUUUUUCCUUUGUGAAUUCCUCUCGCUACGGUAACCUUUUUUUUUUUUUCUUUUGUAAAUUAUUUUGUUGUUGUACCAUGUAGUAUGUUUAUGUUUGGAUUGGAAAGCAAUCAUCUUUGACGAUUUCCUGAGUGUCAAUUAUUCACUGGACAUGAAUGGAAAGCAAACCAUUUGUAUUCCAUGUUCAAAGAUAGAUAUGUCAUCACUGAUUUCAUGA